AUGCUCGAAUUCUCAUUGGCUGGCCUCUGCCUGCCUCUUCGACCCCGUCGCCUAUCGUCCCAAACUCUCCAAUCAUCCCCCAUAAAGGAUGAGAAAAAUGUUCAAGUUGAUUUUAAAGUGAUCGGGUCGCUCGAUCCCUUAUCUAUUGCCUCACUCAAUCCCCAACUCCGUAGAUAUCGGACGGCACACUCUCGGUCUCGGUCGACUGUCCUUGGCAUCACUAAUGCCCCAGCUUAUCUGUUGUAUGGAAACCUGCGUCCAGCGAAGGGAUUCGGAGGUUCCGACUCGGACGAUGGGACGGUCAUGACUACGAAAAUAGAGAUUGAUUCGUCCAAAGAGAUGUUGCCGCACGGGUUUACGAGACUUGGUGAAGGCAUCUGGUUCGUGAAAGCCGAGAAUGGUUCACCCAGUGACUUGGACCCCAGGCAAGUCGUUCAAUUGGGCGGUAAACUCGCGCAUGUGGCAAAGUACAGUCAAGGUUAUCAAAACCUCUUCCCGAACACGGACCAAAUCGUCGUAUGUUCGACCAAUGAAAUCUUCUUGGCAAGACAGAAAACGCUGGUGGCUAAAAUGCAGCCCAUGGUCGAAUAUCUCGUUUCUCUUGGAGUGGUUGGACCCAAGGCACGACCACAUCGUAUUCUAACCCACACCAUGUCCAAUGGUGGCUCCAUACGCCUCAACCACUUGGUCGAGCGACUCGCCUUCUUAUCACUUCGGCCUCUCGCCACACCACCCCAACCUUCUGCCCUUGUAGUCGAUUCCUCCCCGGGCGGCGACAAUUUUGCAUCUGCUUUUCUGGCUUUCCGAGCAACUAUACCACCCCCAUUUCUUCGUUAUCCAAUUAUGGGCUUCAUUUUCACCGUGGCUUCCGUGGAUGAUAUCCUCACGACACGGAUACUCCAGUCCCCAACUAUUUAUCUAUUCGAAAACGGAUCAUACUGUACCGUUCAAAGACAUCCAAGAAUUCACAGAAAAUUCAGAGGCCCGCGGAAAUCAGAUUCAACGGCUCAUAUUCGAGGAUUCAGAUCACGUAUCUCAUAUGCGCAAGCACCCAGAGACAUACUGGAAUGCAAUCAAACAGUGCUGGAUCACAUCGGUCAACUCUGCAAGAGCAGCAGCUCAACCAAGCACUUGAUUCGACUCAAAAUUAACGUACUAGUGUUAGAAUGCAAAAUCAUACUUUUAUUGGGCGCAUAG